UGGUUUUAUUUGAACCCCCCUCCCUGCCCUGGGGUUUUUUUUUCCUUUACUCCUGUUUCAUCCAGUGACAUAUACACUAUUUUCACGUUAGUGCUCCAGCAUUGUAGCACCUUACCCAGAGCUCAGUUCCUGCUGUGUCUCCCCUGUGUUCUACAGAUCCCAUCUCCCAAGUCAUUCCAGCCUAAUGGAGCCAGCGAAGAAGCUCUGCGGUGUGAAAUCAAAGAGCUGAAACAGAAGGACCUCGCUCUAGACCAGGAAAUUGCACAAUUAUUGUCUGAGGGCUACAGCCUGGAGGAACUGGACAAGCACAUCUCUCUGCUCCAUGAGUACAAUGAAAUCAAAGAUGCUGGGCAGAUGCUCCUGGGCAAGCUAGCUGUUAUCCGAGGGGUCACUACAAAACAGCUCUAUCCUGAGUAUGACCUGGAGCUCAGUGACUAGUCCUGAACCUGGAGAGUGCCAUGUCCUGCAAAAGUGACUGUCACUGGGCCACUGCACAUCGGUGUCAUCCUGGUUUAGGAGAGACAGAAGGUGGAAAAGGAACCUUUGGAAAAGGGAUGUAGGAUUUUAGAUAAUUUCAUGUACUACCUGAUCAACAGGAUUUUUUUUUGGAAGGUUGUAGUUCAGGUUGAUGUUGAGCCUCUUCCAUGGAGCCUCUGACUCCCUGCAGUAUCCAGGGGCUGUCUGGUUACUGAAUGGAUAGAGGAAGUGAGGACACACACAUGUGCAAUGUAAUAGCUGCUUUGAAAGGAAAACCCUCAGAAGAAUGGAGGGAAGAAGGCAGAAAUUGUGGUGGUUUGGGGGUUUAUUUUGUUUUAUCAACAAAUCCAGAGAAGUCUGGGUGUUCUGCAUUUUUGUACUUACCUGCUCUGGUAUCUGGAGGUUUUGUAUCAUUUCUGUAGUAAAUGGCAAAAUGUAAAGUUGUGUUGAACUGUUCACUCUGAAUAAAGCAGCCUUCACAUCUGCCAGUAAA